CACACAGAGAGACACAGACACACACACACACACGCACGCACACACACAGAGGUCCGUGGAUCUAUUCGUGAAGAACUACAAAGCACAGGCACACGGCGAGCGGCUCGAGUCUGUCAGCGCGAGGAGAGUCACAAUGGUCGGGAUUCCGGGCGCGUUUCAAUACAGCGCAGAGAAGAACGUUCCUGCCAUGCCAGGUUCCCCAGUGGAUGGAAAGACUCAUUCCAGACCAACCGUCUCCGUCAUGCCCCCUCUACCCUCCGUCAACCCCAGCGGACCUCGACCGGCAGCCUUCUCCACCACAGCAUUGACUAAUGGGAUCAAUCACUCUCCGCCGAUGCUUAACGCCAUUCCCUCGCCACCUCAGCGCUACAGCAACGGCCCUUCAUCAUCAUCUUCCUCCUCUCUGGCCAAUCAGCAGCUUCCAGCCACCUGCGGCGCGCGACAGCUGAGCAAACUCAAGCGCUUCCUCACAACACUGCAGCAGUUCGGCAACGACAUCUCGCCCGAGAUCGGAGAGAGCGUCCGAAACCUGGUGCUGGCGCUGGUGAACUCCACCGUCACCAUUGAAGAGUUUCACUCCAGACUGCAAGAAGCUACAAACUUCCCCCUGAGGCCCUUCGUCAUUCCCUUCCUGAAGGUAAACGGCCAGGCUGCGCUGCAUAUGGAGCUCGGAUUUGUCUCUUAUUUAUUUUUUAUGAUUUACUCCAGAAGUAAAGAGAAUGGUUUCCACGAGCGUCCUCCCGCCUCCCUGGAGCCUCCUGCCAAGCGCAUCUGCACCAUUAGCCCCGCCCCCAGACACAGCCCCGCCCACCCGCUGCAGCUCCCCGCCCAGAUGCACCCGACUCCGCCCCCUCUGCAGCACUACGCGCUGGAUGACAUCAGCACACCUCACCUGUACAGAGAGCCGCAGCGGGUCCCGGAGCUGAAGGAGCGGCCGCGGCUGACAGGCAGUAACGGAGGCUUCCGUGAGGAACCUGUAGACCACAGACUGACAGACAGAGAGUGGGCUGAAGAAUGGAGACAUCUGGAUCACGUGCUGAACUGCAUUGUGGACAUGGUGGAGAAGACGCGGCGUUCGGUGAGCGUUCUGCGGCGCUGUCAGGAGUCCGACCGCGAGGAGCUCAAUUACUGGCGACGACGCUCAAACCCACACGACGACGGGCGCAAGAACGGAUCGGCCGCAGGGAACGCCCCGUUCAGCAAGACACACAGCCCUCUGUCAGCAGAGGGAGUCAACGCAGACUCUCAGAGGGAUCUUCCCCUGCGCGCCGGCUCUGGCUACGUGCCUGAUGAGAUAUGGAGGAAAGCUGAGGAAGCGGUGAACGAGGUGAAGCGUCAGGCGAUGGACGAGGUGCAGAAGGCCGUCGCCGAUGCCGAGCAGAAAGCCUUCGAGAUGAUCACCACCGAGAGAGCCAAGAUGGAGAAAACCCUCGCCGAGGCCAAGAGGAAAGCCACCGAAGACGCCAUACAGGUCAUCAACGAGCAGGAAGACUCCAGCGAGUGCUGCUGGAACUGCGGUCGGAAGGCGAGCGAGACGUGCAGCGGCUGUAAUGCGGCGCGUUACUGCGGCUCCUUCUGUCAGCACAAGGACUGGGAGCGACACCAUCUCAUCUGCAGCCCGGGGCUCCAGGCGCAGCCCAAAUCCAUGCCACGCGUCCUGGCCAAAGCUCCGGAGAGCGGCCCGGUCCCGAGUCCAGGCCUGGAGAAGACCUCCAGAGCAUCCACACCAGCGUCCUCCUCCACGCCAGACGCCAGCGGACACUGAGAGCCAAGGACUCGAUGAAAGAGGAGUUUAACUGCUGGAUGUGACAGAAGCUGGACAGUCACACACACUUUUCCAGUUCAUGGACAGGAGGACGUGUUUUUGGCACCGCUCUGCGUGACUCAGCUUGCUUAUUUGGUGCAAAUGUGAUCUGUUUUACCCGCACAAACUGUUGUCAGUGUUUCGUGAGCGUUUGUUUGUAUGUGUGUGUGAUUGUGUCUGUAAAUACAUUAUCAGAGCAAUAUAAAAGUGAUGGAUUCACCAAAGCGGUCAAUGCUGUGAUCUGUUCAUUAUUAUCUGACAGUGUUAUCAGAGUUGCCAUAGAGAAUGUGUGUGUGUUAAACGUGGAAAACAAACCCUGGUCUGAAGGGACCAGUCUUGAUCAGGGUCCAGAUGUACGAUCAUCAGUUUCCGGUACAGAUUAAUCCACCAAACCAGGUCUUGAGCUGGUCUGUUUGUAUCCACAUGCAAAGCUCUGCGAUCUCAGGAGGAUGUUAUAUGUAUAUACUUUUAUUUUUGUUCCACUUGUAGAGUCGAGGCUGUUCCUUUUCUUUGAUUUCCACGUGGACGUCUUCAGCUACCUUCGUUUCGUUCGGUAAACCACAUGUUGAUUUAUUUUUUUUAUUAUAAGAAUGUGUAAAAUAUAACGGUGCAAGAGAAUGUUUAUUUUGUGAGCUACUCUGUGACAUUCGUUUCUUUCAGAAUCCUUGAAUAUUGGUAUGAAGUAGAUAUUAAAAAAUAAAGACAUUAA